UGUUAUUGCUUCUUCUCUGUUGUGCCACGAAUUUCGUAACAAUCCAGCAUGGGUACACGCAAAAAGGGACUGGAAUUUGCCAAGCACAUAACAGAGAUUAUAGCCAAGGCAACAGGUUUUGAGCGCCACUUGGAGAAGGUAAAAAUUCUUGGCGGUGGCGAUGGAAUUUGUACAGCGGAGUUCACGGUGGCACCGGAGCAUAUCAACAAAGGCGGCGGUUUGCAUGGUGGUUACACGGCAACACUGGUGGACAUGGUAACCACCUAUGCACUGAUGUCCAAACCCUGUCAUCCAGGUGUGUCUGUGGAAAUCAACGUGAGUUACCUGAAGGGAGCCCGUGUCGGCGAUGAGGUGCUCAUUGAGGCAAAUACGGUUAGGGCCGGAAAGAAUCUAGCCUUUAUCGACUGUGUGCUUAAACAUAAGAAAAACAAUGCUGUGAUUGCCGAAGGCACACACACCAAAUACGUUAAUUUCGAGUAGAUGCUGUGCCACAGUUGCUAUUAAUGUGCUUUAUUAUUACAUGUGUAGCAGUAAAUUUUAGUUAAUUAA